AUAUACAUAUGGUAAGUGGAAUUUUCCACAAUAGGAGCAAAUACGCGAAUUCGGACCAACCGGGCUGUGGUGGAUAUGCGGGCCGCUGCAAGCAACAGGCUGGUGGACCAAGCUCUCACAAGUCAAGCCUGGCCUCGGGCCGGACUUAGGGAGUAGAACCCCCCAGAACCCCAUUAAGCAGGUAUCUGACACGCAAGCGCGCGCGCACGUUUGUGUCAGUAAAUGUAACUCGCAAUGUUUACAACAGAAAGUUAUGUGUUGCCUAAGAAAUACAAGUUGUGGGCGUGUCUGGUGUUGGGGUCUCCCGGGUGACCAUUGACCUGUAUACACAACACCACCACCAGCACCCAGCGCGCCCUACCGUCAGUACACACCGUCCUGCUCUCACUCCUCUCUAUCACCUCGCCACUACAUCUCACCAUAGCUGUCUUACGUAUAUUGGAAGCACUAUAGUUACACGGUUUACGGGCUCACCAUAGCCCGUGCUACAUGGACACCUCGUUCUGAGUAGCUAAAUCUGAAACAAUAACAACAAGAGGUUACACGAUUUACCUAGUACAGUGCGUAAAGUACACGGUACAGGAAGCCCUCGCAGGAUACAGCUUUCAAUAUAGUACUGUAUACAAAUAGAUGUGACAGCUGUAUUUGAAAUAAUUUCACCUUUAGGAAGUAAUUGGUGAUGUGAGGUUACCGUCAGAUGAAGAGAAUAAUAUUGUCCUGCAGGUGUUGUGAGCCAUUACCAGACAGUCGUGGCGCUGACCUGUCUUGACUGUAUGUCUUCCUGAAGAGGGCGACCAUGGAGUGGAUCCUCCGGGUGAAGAGAUGGAUCAACAGGCGUCCCCUCUCCUUCUUCACCCUCUCUCUCUCAGUCCUCUGCAUCCUCCUCCUCUUUAUCAAAGAACAAAGGCCCGUCGCUGAUGCCGGGGACGUGUCCCUCCGCGCCACACCUCGGGGGAACACCCUGGGGAACCAGCUCCACAGAACCUUCCCAAUAAAGGUGUUUGGGAAAGUGAUACCGAGAGCAGGGACAGACCUGAAGACCCCGCCUCCGCCGCCUGCCUUCCGUGUCGGGAGGCAGAGCUUGGAGGGGGCGGGGAGGGACGACCCAGCCCUGGUCGACUACAUCAGGCGCUCCAAGCUCCGGCCGCCAGCCAUGGGGCCCUACCACCUCCAGCACCCUCUGGACACCUACUCCUCCUGGCACAGCUCAACCCGGGUACUCGAUAACAUCCUUCGACAUAAGACCAAGGGUUUCUUUGUGGAGGCGGGCGCUCACGACGGUGAACACUGGAGCAAGACACUGUACUUGGAGCUGCGCCGCCAGUGGAAGGGACUGCUGAUCGAGGCAGACCCGGUUCUCUACCAGAAGCUGGUCACCAAGGGCAGGAAAACCCACACCAUGCAUGCCUGCCUCUCACCCACCAAUUUCACCACCACUAGUACAGUCAGGAUCAGAAACGAGAUAAUGAACCAGACUAAGGUGAUGGGUCCGACCACCCACCAGGGGCGUCAGCCAGGCAGCAGCACUGGAAAGCUAAGCUCCUACACCCUCCAGUGCUUUCCCCUCUACUCUAUCAUGCUCGCCCUCACCACCCACACUAUCGACCUCUUGUCUCUCGACAUUGGUGGCCAGGAGCUGCAGGUGUUGAAGACUCUUCCAUUUGACAAGUUGGAGAUUCAUGUGGUGAUAGUGAAGGUGAAGCAUGCUCCCGAGGGCUGGGAGGCCUUCAAGGACCUGAUGAAGGCGAACGGCUUCACCUUACUCAAGCCCUUCCAAGACCACCUAAUCUUUGGGAGGCAGGACCCGCUGGACGCCCAGGGGACCACUGGGCCGUAAGGAUCUGCAGCCUCUGCCACAACCAGUCCUAUCACUUGGACCUGGGGGGGUAGAGCCACGGCCUUGCUUUUUGGGGUUCGAUCCCUGGAUGGUCCAAGUGGUUAGGCUCCGUUCCUUCAUUCCGUCCCAUCUCGUUACCCCUCAUGUCCCUUCCAAGUGAUUUGUUAUCAUACUGACCCAGCGCUCUCUGUGUGGGAACCGACCUGUGAGAUUUAUAUUUAUUUAAUUUAUAUGAAUUUAUAUUUACGUUAAUUUAUAUACUUC